AUGAAUUCCAUUACUAGAUAUUGUAAAUUUUUGGCCGACGGCGCAAAAUUUCUUGGUUCAUUCCAGUGCAAUAUAAUAUAUCUUCCAAAUUACCCGGAAGGCUCAAGACAAGAAGUAUCAGAGCCUUUAGAUUACGGGAUACCACAUUAUGAAGAUAUAACAUUAACCACCAAGGAUAAUGUAAAAAUUCGAAUUUAUGUAUUACAGCUGGGAGAUAAUAUUACAGCUCGGACGAGGCCAACUAUUUUGUUAUUUCAUGGAAAUGCAGGGAAUAUGGGACAUUGUUUACCUAUUGCUAAACAAUUUUAUAAAAAUUUCAAAUGUAAUGUGGUAAUGUUGUCUUAUAGAGGAUAUGGACUUAGUGAAGGAACUCCUUCAGAAAAGGGACUUCGGAUAGAUGCACAAACUGUGUUAGAUUACAUUGAUAAACAUGAUAUAUUCAGGCAUACCAAAGUAAUAGUUUAUGGACAAUCACUUGGUGGUGCCGUGGCAAUUGAUUUAGUAUCAAAAAAUGAGGAUAAGGUUGCGGGUCUGAUUGUUGAAAAUACUUUCCUUAGUAUACCAAAACUUUUGCCACAUGUUAUACCACAACUUCGUCACUUUUCGUUUUGCUGUACUCAAAAAUGGGAUUCCGAAAAAUCUAUACAACUUAUUAAGCGAAUUCCGGUUUUAUUUCUAUCUGGAGAUGCGGAUAAGCUUAUACCUCAAGAACACGUUAAACAGUUACACGAUUUGGUUAAAACUGAAGGUGGAAAGAAACUUAAACAAUUUCCAUUUGGAUCACAUCAAGAUACAGUUUCGCAGGAAGGAUAUUUUGAAGAAAUCGCAGAAUUUUUAUUAACAAAAGUCGUGGAUUAA